AUGGCGCACGGGCAGGAGCCGUCGACGCAGGCAGCCGCCGGUGGUGCCGCGCCGCUCUGCGCGAACGGCUGCGGGUUCUACGGGAGCGAGGCGAGCAAGAACAUGUGCUCAAAGUGCUACCGCGACCACCUCAAGGCCGGAGAUGUGGCUGCCCCCGCCGCCGUCGAGGGGAAGCUCACGUUCGACGACCUCAUCCUCGCCUUCAAGAAGUCGGUGAGCCUGCAGGACUCUACCGAGGGACCGGGGGCGGAGGCGGCAGCGAAGAAGUCGGCGCCAACCAGGUGCAUGGCGUGCAAGAAGAAGGUGGGGCUGCUGGGGUUCGCUUGCCGUUGCGGUGGCACCUUCUGCUCGCUGCACCGCUAUGUCGACGGGCAUGCGUGCAGCUUCGACUACAAGAAGGUCGGCCGUGAGCAGAUCGCGCAGCAGAACCCUCUCGUCGCGCCGUCCAAGCUCCGCAACAAGAUAUGA